AGUUCAUAGUAUACGUUCUGGACAAGGUCGUAUGGAUGCUUCUGGUGACUGUACUGACAGCUCAGGCACUGCAGCUAGCAGGAAUAAUAGAGACUCCUAAAGGGCUGCAUGAGCUGACAUAUCAACAGGAGCAUGAAUACAAUUUUCAAGUUGCCGUCGGUGAAGCUUCGAGCAGGGAGAAACGAGAAACUGGAGAAAGAUCGAAGCUCAUCGAUAGCUUUUUCAACAUUCCCAUCCAGACACUACAAGCAGUAAACAACUUGGUGCAAAACUCCAGGCCAGCAUUUAGGAGCUUAAGAGAAUAUGCUAUGAAGAGGUUGCUCAAGUCGAAGACAACCACCACCACCACGACUGAACCAUCUGCAGAGUCCAAUGUCGUCAAGAGGUCUUUCCCAGUGAUGCUGCAAAAGCUCAUUCCUCGCGUUGUACCCAUUGUGCUCAAAUACAUCUGAUAGAAGUGAAGCUAGCUUAACACUGUAAGUUGUGCUAACACUGUUAGGAAGUUCUUCUAUUCAACGUAUCGUACAGAAUGAUUCAUUGUCCUAUUUGAUCAAUGAUCUUCGUCUAUGAAACAUAAUUUAGUCAUCCUUGAUUCCAAAUAAAAUAGCUCAUAAUCAAUGUCAGGAAGUCGUAGUUAUGAAUCUGAAAUUAUUCAAUUUCUUUUUAGUGUCCCAAAAAUUCGUUUAUCGGUGUGCGUACAAUUUGACUGGUAACGAAAUAACAGUUGCAAUGUCAGUAUUUGUGAUGUAAGUACAAAUUCACCACGAUAUACAUUGGUAGUCGCUACUUCUUAAGAUGCGCCGUUAUUAUAAAAUAGGAAUAGCCCAAAAUCGAUGAAAAAGUCAAUAAUUGCGUUGUAUAGAAUAAAAUAAGGAAUACCUAAGGUCAUUAAUGCCGUACUAUACAAUGUGUCUGCGAAAGUUUGGG